GAGGGACAAUGGUGAAUGGUAAAGCUAGCUUUAGAGUUGCUCAAAAAAUGAAGGCAGUGAAAAUUAAAAUAAAAAAGUGGAGCAAGGAGAAGGGGAGGAGUGAAGGUAUGUACACCCAAUCUUUAUUUCAUGAUAUCAAGACAAUUGAUAGGGUAGAGGACAAGGAUGUUUUGUUUGCUGAAGAGUUGGUUCAUAAGGAAUCUUAAAAGUUUGAAUUGGUAAACAUAUUACAAAUGGAGAAGAUAUCAUGGAGACCAAAAUUGAGAGUUAGGUGGAUAUAGGAGGGGGAUAGAAUUACAAAAUUCUUUCAUACUAUGAUAAAUCAUCAUAGAAGGACCAACUUUGUGGAGAAAAUAGAGAUUGAUGACCGGAUAGUGAAGGGUAAUGAGCGAUUGAGGCAAGGGGUUAGAGUUUUUUUUUUGUAGAUUAUACUGUGAGGAGUUUGGUGGAGGCUGGGCUCGUAUCAUUUUCAGAUCUUUGGAUGAAACGAGUAGUGUUUCACUUGAAAGAGAGUUCAUUGAAGAUGAGAUCUUUGAGUGAUUCAUGCACUGUAGAAAAGAUAAAACUCCUGGUCCCGAUGGCUUCAACAUGAGUUUUAUGAAAAAAUUAUGGCAUGUAAUGAAAGAUGAUAUUCUUGAGCUCUUUAAGAAAUUGCAUUAAUCAUUUUACCACCCUUUAAACAUAUUUGGAAAACUGGGGUCCUUCCUAGGAUUAUUUUUUUUACGUAGGAAGCCGCUAAGGAAUGCAUUUUUAUUAUUGAUAUGCUGAAAAGAAGUGGUAAUACCAUGGUUAACAGAUGCUACCUUUGCAAAUCGUUUGAGGAGACAUGCAAUUAUCUACUUCUGUGGUGCCCGACGACCUAUAGUAUUUGGAAUUCUGUCUUGUGUUUAUUGGGUUUAAGUUGGGUAAUAGCUGAAAAUGUGAGUAAAGAGUUGUGGGAUUGGACAAGUUAUUGUAAAAAGAAAAAACAUUUGUUCCUUAUUGCACUAACUAUUUUUUGGGUUGUAUGGAAGGAAAGAAAUGCGAGAACUUUUGAGGGCAUUGAGACUAACAUAAAAACAUUAAAGAUAUAUGAACCUAUACUUUUGAUUCUAUUUCGUUAGGUGAAAACAUCAAAGAUUGGGAUGAUUUUGAAUGGGUCCUGGACCAUUUAAUCAACUUUUAACUAUGCUUUGUACAUGAGCAGUACCCCCUUGGUACCUUUGUGAAUAAUAUUACUUCCCUUAUAUUUAAAAAAAAAAUUCUUAAAUUCUUCUUUUUUGGUACUCGUUGCUGAGGUUGAGGGGGAAACUAAUAUCAAAGACUUUAGAUCCAUCAGUUUAAUUGGGAGCAUUUAUAAACUUGUCAUGAAGGUAUUAGGCAGAAGGAUGACCAAGGUAAUGGAAAAAAUGGUUUGCAAGUGUCAACAUGCAUUUGUAGAAGGAAGACAAAUUUUGAAUGCGGUGCUUUGGGUAAUGGUGUUGUGGAGAUCUGUUAUUCCAGAAUAGAGAGGAGUCUUUUGUAAGUUGGAUUUGGAAAAAUAUAUAAUCAUGUAAAUUGGAACUUUCUUGAUUAUACACUAAGGAGAAUGGACUUCGAGGAUAAAUGGUGCAAGUGGAUUAACUCCUGUAUUACUACAAUGUCUUUUGUGGUAAUGGUGAAUGGAAGUCCAUCUUAUUUUUCCAAGAUCUCCAAAGGUCUUAGACAAGGUGACCUAUUAUCUGUACCUACCUACUUUUUAGUGUUGUCAUGGAAGUAUUAAAUAAAAUAUUAUUAAGAGUUAGAGAGCUGCAGUUGUUUAGAGGUUUCAAAGGGGGAGAGGGUGAACACACGGAGGAGGUAGUCUACUUAUUUUUUACUGAUGACACUUAUUGUUUUGUGAGAACUCGAUGAAGGGGCUUGCUCAAUUUUAUACUUUUUAUUGAGUUUUCAAGCAGUUUCCGGUCUCAAUAUCAAUUUAACAAGUUUGAAUUUGUGAAAUUGGGUGGUGGUAGUGGUGCUGCUAGGUUUGCAAGAGUAAUGGGAUGUAAAAGUGUGGAGCUGUUGAUUAACUACUUGGGGUUGUCAAGGGCCAAUUAUAAAAACGUGAGGACGUGAGAUCCUGUUGUGGUGGAGUUCGAGAGGAGGUUGGCGGAAUGAAAGAGAAACCUCUUGUCCAAAGGGUGGAGACUCACACUUAUUAAGAAGUAUGCUGGCUAACCUACCCAUUUAUUUCAUGUCCCUUUUGACAAUUCCAGUGCGUGCUGUUAAGAGAUUGUCAUUAAUUCAAUGCAGAUUCCUUUGGAACGAUUAUGAGGAUAGAAAAGAGUACCACUUGGUGGCAUAGGAUGAGAUAAAAAAAACCAAUGUCUCAGGGUUGUUUGGGGUUGAGAUCUUUUGUGAAGAUGAAUUUGCUCCUAGAGUGUGCGUGGCUUUGAGGUUUAUGAAAAAAAACAGUAUUCUAUGGUUGAGAACUAUGGAGGCAAAUUUUGGUAUCGUGGAUACUGAAUGGUUUUAUGGAGUAUUGUCAAGACCGCAUGGAAAAAAGAUGUGGACAAAAUUAUGCAUAGGUAGGGAUAAAUUUCAAAAAUGUAUCGGGUAGAGGUAGGCAGUGGGGACAAAAUCAAUUUUUGGAAGGAUCCUUUGCUUAGAGGGGGAACGCUUAAUGAUCAAUUUUCCUGAAAUUUUUGCUAUUGCGCAGUACAAGGAUAUCAGUCAACGAGUCAUUUGGAGAUAUUUGUGGGGAAAGGGAGUGACAUGUGGAGGCGAUGAGAAACUUAAAUUAUUGGGAAGUCAAUGAGUAUGAGUCUCUCUAAGUACAUUAUCCUUUGCCUCAAUAUGAGGAGUAAUGACAAACUAAUCUGGAGUCUCAGUGCCACAAAGACCUUCUCGGUUAAGUACUUCGUUGAUUAUUUAGUUAAGAAUGACUCCACGGCGACUAGUUUUCCCGUCUGGCAAAUUUGGAAGAUUGGCACAAGUUCCUUUGGGGCAUCAGCUCAUUAUGUCCGUCGCUUUUCCUCUAAGUCUCAUGGCCGUAUUGCAGGGAGAUUUGGAAGCACUGCCGUCGAGGUUGAAGUUGGUGGUGGCAGGAAAUUGUCCAAUUUUAGCACUGUACGAAUGUUAUAUACAAUAGGAAUUCAGGGUAUUUUUUGGAAAUUUGAAUUUCAUCGUGGUAGCCAAAAGUUGAUUGUUCCUAUAUUGCUUUCCAGGCAUUUGAAUCCCCUUUUUGCAACAGGAGCAUUCGUGAUUCCAACAUCGAUUUACUUCUUAUUAAAGAAAUUUGUUGUCAAGCCCUAUUACCUUAAAAGGGAAAAGCAGAAGGCUUUAGAGAACAGAGAAAAAACUCAUGCUCAGGUCCAAGAGGCAAGGGCAGCAGCAGAGAAAGCUCAGCAAUUACUACGAAAUGUGGCAGAUAGAAAAAAAAGAAGGCAAAUGGAAACUGGAGGGCUGGUCAUUACUAAGUCUCUGUAUGGGAAUCCUAAAGCUUUGAAGAAAGCGGAUGAAUCAGGAGAAAUGACUGAGGAAUUGGCUUCACAACUAAUUGAUGUUACAUUACCUCUUAAUUUCCUGAUAAAUGAUUCUGGACAGCUUAAGCUUCAUGAGGGUAUGAAGAAGUCAGGGAUUAUGGGGUUCUUUGAUCCUUGUCCCGGAGAACCCAAUCAGUUGUAUGUGGAAUAUACUUAUGGUGGCCAGAGGUUUAAGGUUUUGGUGGAUGAUUAUGAUGAAUUAAUGAUACCUCGAGAAGAAGACAGAGUCUGAAUCUUAUAAUGUUAAAAGACCGGACAUUUUGGUUACCUCUUGCAAUUUUGCAUGUUAUACAUGCCUUUUUGAGGUACCUAACUCCCUGCCAUCUAAUAAGGGCGUCAAGUCAACCAAGAAACUUACAAAAUUUUCACUGUAAUCUAAUCUAAUCAAAUCAUUCUUCUUUCUCUAUGAUCUAGCUUUUAUAUGAUUUAUAAAUGGAAGCCAGUUGUUUA